AUGAAGAACUUAGUACUAUUCCUCGACAUUCUCUUCCUUCUCAUCGUUUCCUUGGCUGUGACAUCUAUAGGCUACUAUGCAUACAUUGAAACAUCCGCUCCACGCAAGGAACUAGACUUUGCGAUGUUAAAAAGUGGACCCUUCCAUGUCAAAGAUAAAUGCUGCUUUUCAUUAUGGUUUAAUGCCAAUGGUAAAGAUGUGGGUAGUUUAAUAGUAUUGGAUGGUAAUAGCAAUAUUGCAAACUUUCUGGGGGAUCGUGGUAAUGUCUGGCGGAAGAUGAAGAAAACACUUUCAGCUGGUCCUCAUUCGCUAAGUAUUAUAGGUGUACGAGGCAAAAGUUAUCGAGGUGAUAUAGCUAUAGAUGACAUCGAUGUCGUUGAAGGUUCCUGUCCCAAGUCUACUUGUUCAGAUCAACCAUGUGUGGAAGGUUUUUGCAUUGGAGUACCGGGAAAGAUUUCUUGCGUUUGCAAUCCAGGAUAUACUGGCAAAUAUUGCGAUACCUCAAUCAAUGCUCUUCAGGAUCAGUCUUUAGCCUUGACAACAACUUGCCAAAAGAAUCGUUGCAAAAAUGGAUUUUGCAUCGAAACUCCAAGCAACUCGACGUGUGUUUGCAAUCCUGGAUUUACAGGAGAUCGUUGUGAUUCGCGUAAAGAUAGUAAUUAA